CUGAGCCCCCUCAGCUCGGCUCCGGCCGCGGGACACGGCGCGUCCUCCUCCCCGCCCCGGAGCGCGCGCACGCACAGCCCCGCCGCGUGUUUUCACGUCCACGCACUUGUUUACUCGCUCUCAGCUGCUCCGUGUCACUCAGGAGGGACGUCGGUGUUCGCUGCAGGUUGUAGCGCGCGCUCACACACACGUACACACAUACACGCGCGCGCGCGGAUCCGCCGAGCUUCCCGGACGGACCUGGUCCGCCUGGAGUUGGUGACAAACCUCCGGACUCUGAGGAGCAGGUGAAGGAGGUGAAGGAGGAGGACCCGGCGUGUUCAGGUCCUGGGCGCUGAUCGGGACGCUCCGGUCCCGGGUCGGAUCCGAGCCGCGCGCCGGCGCUUCAUGGACCCGGACGGUCCGGAGGAGGAGCAGCUCGGACCGAGAGGAAAGUUCCGGUGAAUGUGGUGCAGGCCGCGGGUCAGAGCUGUGCUCCUGCAGGAGGCCGCGAACAACAAGUCUCCUCCGUCUCCCACAGGCUGUGUUUUUUUUUUGGAAGCGGAACUUUGAAAGAAUGGAUCAGUUGUGAGCGCCACCUCCUCACACCAUGGCAACCGAAACCUUUCUGUUGAACGAAGAGCCCUCCAGAGGUCCUGGGAUGCCUGAAUGCUUUGUAGUAUCAGAUUCGUACAGGUAUUACCCCACUCACCUUCUAAACAAUGCCUUAGUGGAUGAAUUUCAUCCCUUCAUUGAAGCCCUCCUCCCCCAUGUCCGUGCCUUCUCGUACACCUGGUUCAACCUGCAGGCCCGCAAGCGCAAGUACUUCAAGAAGCACGAGAAGAGGAUGAGCAAGGACGAGGAGCGCGCCGUCAAGGACGAGCUGCUGGGCGAGAAGCCCGAGAUCAAGCAGAAGUGGGCCUCGCGACUGCUGGCCAAGCUCCGCAAAGACAUCCGGCCCGAGUUCCGCGAGGACUUCGUGCUCACCAUCACGGGGAAGAAGCCCCCCUGCUGCGUGCUGUCCAACCCCGACCAGAAGGGCAAGAUCCGCCGCAUCGACUGCCUCCGCCAGGCCGACAAGGUGUGGCGGCUGGACCUGGUCAUGGUCAUCCUGUUUAAGGGGAGCCCCCUGGAGAGCACGGACGGCGAGCGGCUGGUCAAGUCGCCCCAGUGCUCCAACCACGGCCUGUGCGUCCAGCCGCACCACAUCGGGGUCACGGUCAAGGAGCUGGAUCUCUACCUUGCCUACUUCGUCCACUCACCAGAACAAUCCGGACAAUCAGACAACUCAACCCAGCAAGGAGACACAGACGUCAAGCCCCCACCAAAUGGCCACUUGAGUUUCCAGGACUGCUUUGUGACUUCGGGGGUGUGGAACGUCGCUGAGCUGGUCCGUGUGUCACAGACUCCCGUGGCCACAGCAACAGGCCCCAACUUCUCCCUGGCAGACCUGGACAGUCCUGGUUAUUACAACAUCAACCAGGGGACUCUGGGACGGCGUUCCACCCCCUCCACCAGGACUGAAAUGGAGCUUUAUGCAAGUCUCCCACGGAGCUCCAACAAGCGCAAGUCCAUUGACGGCAGUGAGAUGGAGAGCCCGGUGGACGAAGUGUUCUUUACCCGCUCGCCUCCAGCAGGCAGCAGCUCCCAGUCCAGCGGCUGGCCCAAUGACGUGGAUGCAGUGCAGCACCAUUUGGCCAGUGUGCAGGAGAGGAAGAUUAAGCAUGAGAGCGAUGGAGUGCAGUUUCCUUACCAUGGACUCCCGUCGCCUGGUUCUCAUAAGAAGCUGGGGAAAUUCGAUUUCAGCGCCCUGUCCUCCCAGACGAGGUCCCCCCGCAUGGCGUUCACCCACCACCCACUGCCAAUGCUGGCGGGAGUGAGACCAGGAAGCCCCCGUGCUUCAGCCUCGGCUCUGCCCUUCCCGUCUCCCUCCAUCAUCCAGCAGUCUAGCCCCUACUUCACCCACCCAACCAUCCGCUACCACCACCACCCUGGACAGGAUCCCCUGAAGGAAUUUGUGCAGUUUGUCUGCGCUGAUGGCUCAGGGCAGGCCGGCGGACAGCCAAACGGGAGCGGCCAGAGCAAAAUGCCAGGCUCCUUCUUGCUGCCUCCACCUCCCCCAGUGGCCCGCCCAGUGCCCCUCCCCAUGCCCGACUCUAAACCCAACAGCACACCCCCUGACGGCGGACUCUCCUCGCCCGCAUCUCCGUCAUACUCCACGCCAGGCGCCACAGCUCCCAACAGGUUUGUCGGCAUCGGAUCACGGGACAACAACUUUCUGAACAUCCCGCAGCAGACACAGUCUUGGUUCCUCUGACAAGAUCUGUGUUCAAACCAGCAAGUAGAGUUCUUUCUUUAUAAUCUGAAAUGAGAGAAAAAGAACAGAGAAACAACCUGCAACAGGAUCAUGAUAACUGUCCUCCAACCAGCCCACCGACCAGCCCUGACAGUACUUCUCACCUGAUACGAAACACAAACGGGAAAUGUAACAGCCGCAUGACACUUCUUGUGGAACUCUGGACUUUUUCACGCCGUCAGAGGGAGGACCCAGUUU